CCUGUAGCCAAAGAUAAAUGUAUCUGUCAAAUUUGUGUAUGUGGACGCCAUAAUUGUGCUGAUUUUCAAAGAAAUCCAUUGAUACUUGAUUCUGGUGGUAAAGUAAAAAAUUCUCAUCAAUCAAUCGAUGAUGAUGAUGAUGAUGAUAAUAAUGCCACGAUUGAAUUGCCAAUUAUAAUUGAAUCAAAUCAAGAGAAUGUUUCAUCACCAUCUGUAUUAGCAUUGGGAACAAGUCUUUUAAAUCGUUUCAAUGAUUCAUUGGAUAAAAAUCUGAUUGAAAAAACAACAACGACCAAAAGAACGAAAUUAAUUCGUCAUAAACGAUCGAAUCAUACAAAUAGUGAUCAAAUUUUAGUUCCUAUUAUUAUUGAUGAAACAGAUAACGAAAUGAAAUCUACAAACGAUGAACAACAACAACAACAACAACAACAACAACAACAAAAAAGCUCAAGAAAAUGAUUUGAAUGAGAGAUCAUGUAGUGAAUGUUUGAUUAUUGAUAACCACCAUGGCCAACGUAAUCGUAACCAGAGGCAAACAUGGAAAACAUCACCAGAACAAGUGGAAGAAUUAACACGAUCAUUAUCAAGAAUGCGUAAUGAUGAACAUGGAAAUCAGACAACAACAACAACAUAUCAAAAAUCGAACAAAAACGGCAACGAAAAAAAAAAUAAUAAUAAAGAAACAAAAUCGAAACCAUCACAUUCAAAAAUAAACAUUAUCAAUCAUAAACAACCACAAUAUAUGAUGCCAGUACGUGUUGUAUCGACAACACGUAUCGUCAAUACAAUGACCGAAGAUGAUCCAAUAACAACGACUAAUGUUCCAACAAACGAUCCAACAACGGUAACUGCUGGAUUUUUACCACCGAUUACUGGUUUUAGUGAUACAGAUUCAUCAUUUAGUAGUAUUGUUUGUUCAAGUGAUGACUGUGAUAAAAUACAUUGUAUUUGUGAAACAUUGAAAAAAACACAUCUUGAAGAACAUCAACAUCAACAACAGCAACCACCAUUAAUGAUCGAAAAUGAUGAUUAUGAUCGUCAACAUCGACAACAUCCUUUGGAGAAUGGUAUAAAUUUUAUCAAUAUGGAUGAUGCUGAUAAUUGGAUUGUUGUGCGGCCAAAACGAUCACGGCCACGAGAUAAUCUUAAAUUGGAAGGACCUAUGGAAUUAGAGACAACAUUUCGAUCCACAUAUGGACGACAAUCAGGUAGUGAUAAAUCAAAACGUUCGACAAGUCAAAAUAGUCAACAAUUGUAUUGUAAUACAAGACGUGGUAGACAUUCCGGUAGUACACCAUUAUUACGUUCGGCAACUAAACGUAAAACAAUUCGAAAUAGACCAAAAACUAGUUUGAGAACCGGUGGACAUGGAUAUUGGUCAACUAAUAAUCGUGAUGCAUAUAAAAAUUUUAUUAUCAUUAAUGGCGAAGCAAAAACCGUUGUAGAUGGUAAUAAUAAAAUUAAAUUGCCCAAAGUUGUAGCCCGUACGACAAUGAUGACGAAUGAGGAGAAAAAUCGUUGCAAAUAUGAUAUCAUGGAUGAUACUACAACAAAAACAACAAAACCGUUACGUAUGGUCGAUGGUGAAGAGAUAAGAAAAUUUGAAAAAAAAUCCUACAUACAAACAUCAGAUGGUCAAGGUGAAAUGAUGGCCGAAAAACUUGUUCGAAAAGUUCGUUGUGGUGGUGGUGGUGGAAGUGAUCGACAUUCAAAAUCCAAGAAAAUUGACGAUAAUGACAAUCAUGAUGAUAAUAAUGUAGAUGAUGAAAGAAUUAAUGAUCAAAUCGAACGUGAAGGUGAUCCAAUAAAACAAGAACAACAACAACAACAACAAUCGACAACGACAAUGAAAUACCGUCCAUACGAUGCAUAUCAAGUGGAUCAUAUAAAAGAUCUUGGAUUAUUGGAAAUGAAAUCACAAUUAGAUGGUGAUGAUAAUUUAGAUGAUAAUAAUAAUGAUAUUAAUCGUCGAAUAGAUGGACAAAAUUAUCGAUCACAUGUUCGAAGAUUACAUGAAACAUCGGAUGAUUUUCAUAUAUUAACCGGUGGUCACCGUAUAAAUGGUGGUACUAUAGCCACAUUGAAUAAACCAUCAAAAACGAAAAGUCAACCAUCACGUAAUGAUCACAAUAAAUCAUCAAUGAUUAUUAAUGGACAUGCAGUAAUGGCCAGUACACGUAAACCAUUCAUAUUACCACAACGUAUACAACGACAUAAGAAUGAAAGUUCAAUUCAAAUGUUUGAUGGUGAUAUGGAAUUUUUAACAACGACUAAAUCUACAUAUCGAAAUGGUCGUCAAGGAUCGGCACAACGACGUCAACAUCAGCAGCAGCAGCAACAACAACAACAACAACCACUGGAACGUAAACGUACAGCUGGAAGACGAUCACAACGAUCUGGACGUCGUAGAAAUCUAUUUAGACAAUCAAGUGAUUCAAUUUUUGCCCGACCAGAUACGGCUGAAAAUAAACAAAAUAAACAAAAUGAACAGCAACAACAACAACAACGACGGAAUUCAAAAAUUAAUGAAAAUACCAUAUAUAAAACUGAAUUUGGUGAUCGAAGUCUUUAUUGUCCGGCAUUGGAUGUUGUAAAUCCAUCCGGUCCAAAUAAUCCAUAUAAAAUGACGGCCGAAACUGGUGGCCAUAAAUAUUAUAAAAUGUAGAGAAAUAAUUUUUAG